AUGCUCUUACUAAAUUGCAUUUCCCCGACGCAGUACAACGUGCAGUUCUACAACCAGGGCCUGUACCACGACUGUGACGGCUUGCUGAACACGUCUGGGGGUGUCUUCCCUGGCUCGUCUGUCUUUGAGAUCGCAGCCAACGGCGUCGACUUGAACAAGAUUGUGAUCGGCAAGCCCGGCUCUGCGGCGGACGCGACCGAUGGGUUCAUCGACCCUGCGACGCUCGGGACGUGUGUGGCGCAGGCGACGGCGAAGGGCUGGAGUGCUGGGGUGAUGGCAUUCGAGUUCCCCGAGGCUGACACGACGUGGAUCACUGCUGCGAAGGGCACUGCGUUCCAGUGAGCGACUCGCCGACACAGACAGCUUCGUCGAGCGGUGUGGUGAUGGAUGGUGACGGUCAUGUGUCCUCGAAGGGGAAUAUCUCAUGAUGAUAACUUAUUCUUUGACGACCACGACAACGGGAUCAC